ACUCAUACUUUCUUCUCCUACUUGCCAUCACAACUAAGCCUCCACCUUCCUCUUUAAAUCACCAUAUAUAGAGAAAUCCUUUUCCUUCAGUCAAGUCACCCCACCAGUUGUUAUCCAUAAAAGCUCUUCUAUACAUAAUUCAAUUCAAUUUGGAGAAGUUGAAGGAGUGGAUACUUCAUUGGAAAAUGAAUGGAAAAAAGGACUGUGUUGAGAUCAACAUUCCUACAGCUACCAAAACUAAACGGCAAGAACCCGGGGGCCGCGAAGAGUUUUCCGUCGAGGCAUGGAUUCAGAAAGUCUGGGAAUUUGCCAAAGAAGACAGCAACAGACUGAAAUUUUCAUUCAAAGUGGGCCUUGCCGUUCUGCUAAUCUCUUUGCUCAUUCUAUUCCGGGCUCCCUAUGAAAUUUUUGGCACCAAUAUUAUCUGGUCCAUCCUCACCGUUGCCAUUAUGUUCGAGUAUACUGUUGGUUCAACAUUUAAUCGAGGAUUCAACCGAGCACUUGGAAGCUUGCUUGCUGGUAUUUUAGCUAUUGUAGUUGCUCAGUUGGCUCUCUCUGCAGGCCUGGUUGCUGAACCAAUUAUAAUUGGCAUUAGCAUCUUCUUCAUAGGGGUUAUCACAUCAUUUAUGAAGCAAUGGCCAUCGCUGGUGCCAUAUGAGUAUGGAUUCAGGGUCAUACUUUUUACCUACUGUUUAAUAAUAGUCUCUGGAUAUAGAAUGGGAAACCCAAUAAGAACUUCCAUGGAUCGACUGUAUUCGAUUGCCAUUGGAGGUUUCAUAGCAGUCCUGGUGAAUGUUCUCGUUUUCCCUAUAUGGGCGGGAGAGCAAUUGCACAAGGAGCUCGUCAAAAACUUUAACUCUGUGGCAGACUCUCUUGAAGAAUGUGUGAAGAAGUAUUUAGAAGAUGAAGGGUUAGAUUAUCCAGAGUUCUCUAAGACUGUCAUGGAUGAAUUCCCAGAUGAACCUGCUUAUAAGAAAUGCAAAGCCACCUUAAAUUCUUCAUCAAAACUGGACUCUUUGGCUGUUUCUGCAAAAUGGGAACCCCCACAUGGCAGAUUUCGACACUUCUUUUAUCCAUGGUCAGAGUAUGUUAAAGUGGGAGCAGUUUUACGAUAUUGUGCUUAUGAGGUUAUGGCACUUCAUGGUGUUCUUCACUCUGAGAUUCAGGCACCCUACAAUCUCCGAAUCACAUUCCAGGCGGAGAUCCAAGAUGUGACAAGCCAGGCGGCGGAGGUGGUGAGGAGUUUGGGAAAAGACAUUGGCAACAUGAAGCGAAGUCUCGUAACUUCACUACUGAAAAGGGUUCACAGUUCAAGUGAAAGACUCCAACGCACCAUGGACAUGCAUUCUUAUCUUCUCACAGCUUACUGUGACCCUCCCGACGUCAACUCUUCCAAGCCCCUCUCAAGACUCUCUAACACCUUCUCUUCAACUCUCCCUGAGGAGGCAAAUCCUGAAAGGAACAGUCUGGAGAAUAAUAACACUGAUUCAGUAAACCAAAACUGUUCUUUUUCCGGGGCUCUAACAACAGCACAACAAGCACAGCCGGAGUCUUAUCAUGAGAUGAUGAGGAAGCAGUCGAGAAGGAUGCAUUCUUGGCCAUCUAGAGAGGUGGAUGCUUUUGAAGAAGAAGGUGUUAAUACGGAUUUCUUGCCUAGAAUGAGGGCACUAGAGAGCACUGCAGCAUUGUCACUUGCUACUUUUACUUCGUUGCUGAUUGAGUUUGUUGCCAGGCUUGAUCACUUGGUUGAAGCAGUCGAUGAACUUGCUAAAAUGGCUAAGUUCAAGCAUGAAGGUGUAUAGAAGAAAAUGGUAUAUUUGCUACCGAUACCAAACUUGAUACGACAAAUAUGUAGAAGAAAUCAAUCCAAUUAAGAAAAAAAUGGAAAGAGUUGAGUGUUUUUGUUUAAUGAUGUAAUAACACAACAAUAAAGUUGCAAUUGUUCUGAAAGAGGGUUCUUUACAGCUUUUA